AUGAUGAUGGCCAAAAAGCAAGAUGUGCGGGCUCCCACCUACAACCUGGUCGUAGUUGGGCUGUCUGGUACAGAGAAAGAUAAGGGCCAAUGUGGAGUGGGAAAGUCCUGCCUGUGCAACCGCUUCGUCCGGCCAAGUGCUGAUGACUUCUACCUGGACCACACCUCAGUUCUCAGCACCAGUGACUUUGGAGGUCGCGUAGUGAACAAUGACCACUUCCUUUUCUGGGGAGAGGCUGGUAGGACUGUGGAGGAGGGGCCGGAGUGCCGUAUGAAUGUGGUGGAGCAGACAGAAUUCAUUGAUGACCAGACAUUCCAGCCACAUCGAAGCACAGCACUGCAGCCAUACAUAAAGAGAGCUGCCUCCACCAAGUUGGCUUCAGCUGAGAAGCUGAUGUACUUUUGCACAGACCAGUUGGGGCUAGAGCAGGACUUUGAACAGAAACAGAUGCCUGAAGGCAAGCUCAUGGUAGAUGGAUUCUUACUCUGUGUGGAUGUUAGCAGGGGCAUGAACCGCAGCUUUGAGGAUCAGAUGAAGUUUGUUACAAAUCUGUACAACCAACUUGCCAAAACUAAGAAACCUGUGGUACUGGUUCUCACCAAAUGCGAUGAAGGAGUUGAACGCUACAUUAAAGACUCGCACACCUUUGCACUAGCAAAGAAAAACCUCCAGGUGGUCGAAACAUCAGCACGCUCCAAUGUUAAUGUUGACUUAGCCUUUUUGACACUUGUUCAACUAAUUGACAAAAGUAGAGGAAAGCCUAAAAUAAUCCCUUACUUUGAGGCACUGAAACAGCAGAGUCAACAAAUUGCUUCAGCCAAGGACCGCUAUGAGUGGCUUGUCAAUCGAAUUGUGAAGAACCACAAUGAGUUGUGGCCAAGUGUCAGUCGCCGGAUGCAGACGGCUCCAGAAUACAAGGAAUAUGUCUUCCUUGAGGGCACAGCUAAAGCAAAGAAACUAUUCCAACAACACGUUCAUAGACUAAAGCAAGACCAUAUCGAGAAACGCAGGAAAGCAUAUCUAAGUACUCUACCACAGGCCUUGUCUAUACUACUACCACAGUUGGAUGAGAUUGACCACUUGAGCUGGUCUGGAGUUCAGAAAGUGUUGGAGACCAAGAGAGAUUUUUCACAUUGGUUUGUUGUACUAGAUGACACACCAUGGGAGACCACACCCCACAUUGACAACAUGGAGGAUGAUCGCAUACCACAGGACCUCCUUGAAACUCGCACGGCUGAGGCUAUUUACGAGACCCACUUGGAGCAGCUAAGGAAUGACCGCAAGCGGGCUGAAAUGAGAUGGGAGUUUAAGGAGAAGCUGAGUGUCUCUCCAUUCAUUUCUCCAGGUAAACCGUGGGAAGAAGCACGUAGCUUCAUCAUGAAUGAAGACUUUUACCAGUGGCUUGAUGAAGCAGAAUAUUUGGAUAUCUACAAUAAACACCAGAAGGAGAUUAUUGACAGAGCCAAAGAGGACUUCCAAGAAUUGCUUCUUGAAUACUCUGAGCUUUUUUAUGAACUGGAGGUGGAUGCAAAGCCAAGUAAAGAAAAAAUGGGAGCAAUACAGGAACUGCUGGGUGAGGAACAAAGGUUUAAAGCCUUACAAAAACUGCAGGCAGAGAGAGACGCGUUGGUAUUAAAACAUAUCCACUUUGUCUACCACCCCACAAAGGACACCUGCCCCAACAGCCCCCACUGUGUGGACUCUAAACUUGAGCAGAUACUUGCCUCUAGAUUCCCCACUCGCUAUGCGUCACCAGAUAGUUCAAGAGUAGACGGAGGCAGAGCGGAAAGGAUAAAUCUGGUCAUCCUUGGCAAAGAUGGGCUUGCCAGAGAGAUGGCCAAUGAAAUAAGGGCAUUGUGUACCAGUGACGAUCGGUACGUGCUAGAUGGAAAGAUAUAUGAAUUAGCCCUUCGACCCAUAGAAGGCAAUGUACGUCUGCCAGUUAAUUCCUUCCACACACCAACCUUUGCACCCCAUGGUUGCCUGUGUUUGUACAACUCAAAAGAAUCACUAUCAUAUGUUGUUGAGAGUUUAGAAAAGCUUCGAGAGUCAACCAUAAGUAGAAGGGACAGAGAAAACCUUUUAGCCCAACUUCCACUUUUCCUCCUGCUCGUGACUAAGCGUGGGGUUGGUUCAAUUGGGGAUAUUGGAGGGGAAACUGCUCACACUCUUAUCCAGCAAGGGGUGCAGGUGGCUGGAAAGCAGCAGUGCCGUUACUUAGAACCAGCCUCUCCAGGCAUGGGCUAUGGGCGCAAUUUCAAUGAAAAGCAUCUCAAUCAGAUGUUGCGAGGUCUGUUAGAGUCCCGGAGAAGUCUGCGUAGCAGCUCACCACCCAUACCUCCUUCAUUAUCAGCCUUUAGAGACUCUCAGUCCCAACCAGUUCUAGAAUCAGACCUCAAGAUUGUCAUGUGCCUCAUGUGCGGAGACACGUAUGAUCUGGAUCAGCUCCUUGCUCCUUUCUUGUUGCCCCAGCAUUGUCGCCCUACUAGCAGCCUCCAUAGUGGCACCUCUGUCCUGCUGGAUCUGAGUGUUGGUAGUCAGAGGCAGACUAUUGAGCUGUCUUUGCUGUCCUUCCACUCCUCAUUCACUCUCCGCAAGACUAAACUGGUCCAUGGCUACAUUGCAGUUUAUUCAGCUCGCCGGAAAGCGUCUUUGGAAACGUUAUGUGCUUUCCUUUGUGAAGUUCAAGACAUCAUUCCAGUCCAGUUGUUAGCAGUUGGGGAAAGCCAGAUGGAGCUUUCAGACUCCGAGUCAGCCAGGGAACAGGUCAGUCAAGGAGAGGAACUUGCUCAUGAAAUUGACGCAAGGUUUAGCACAAUAAUAUGUGGGCAUGGAGGAGUUGUAGGCGGGCUCCAUAAAAUAGAUCUUUUCCAAUCUUUUCUCAAGGAUAUAGUUGAGCAGCGCACCAUUAUCGAAGCUACACACAUGUAUGAUAAUGUGGCGGAAGCCUGCACCAAUGAGAGCACCAGCCCCCGUUGCGGCUCUCCCAGUCCAGUUAACAUUCUUAUGGACUCAGAAGAUGAUAUUGACCCUUCACCACCUUACCCAACCCUGAGAGAAGAUGGAGGCCUUGGCUCCCAUCUGGUUAGCUUUAAACUGCCUGAUAUGGAUUCAAGUGAUACAUUUUCUGUCAUUUCUGAGCUCAGUACUUUUGAGAGUAAGCUGAACAACAAGGUGCCUCCACAAGUGAAACCUAAACCUGUCCGCAAGGUCAAUCUAGGUCCUUAUAUGGACCAGCAGGUUGGCACCAACAGACGUUCCUUGCCGCAAGCUGUCACCUGGGCUCCAGGUAGUGAUGGUGGCUACGAUCCCUCGGAUUAUGCAGAGCCGAUGGACGCUGUGAGCAAACCUCGACAUGGAGAAGAGGAGAGUAUUUACUCCGUCCCUCAUGAUAGCACGCAAGGCAAGAUUAUCACUAUUCGCAACGCCAACAAAGGUCACGCCAACGGGAGUGCUGGUGGAAAUGGGUCGGACAGUGAGGCCGAUAGCAGCUCACUGGAACGUAGAAGAAAAUUGUCAGCCAUUGGCAUAAAGCCCAAGCUUUACAGAGAUAGAUCUAAACGACUUGGGAAGUUCAGCAGUUUUAGAACAAGCUUCUCAAUAGGCAGUGACGAUGAAAUGGGUGGUCCACCUAAAGCUAGCCAGGAUGACGGAGGAGGCCAAAAGGACAAUUCCAUUGAAGAGAGUGAAGAUCCGAAAAGGAGAAAUAUCCUAAAGAGCCUGCGCAGAAAUACAAAGAAACAGCGAGCCAAGCCGAGACAUUCCAUUUCAAAACCUAUUGAGAGCAACUACUUCGGAAUGCCUCUGGUUGCCGCGGUAACUCUGGAGAGGCCCAUCCCAGUGUUCAUUGAGAAGUGUAUCCGAUUUAUCGAAACCACAGGCUUGAGCACUGAGGGGAUCUACAGGGUUAGCGGGAACAAGGCGGAGAUGGAGAGCAUGCAACGUCAAUUUGACCAAGAUCACAACCUGGACCUGGUGGAAAAAGACUUCACGAUCAACACAGUAGCUGGAGCAAUGAAGGCCUAUUUCUCCGAGCUUCCCGAGCCUCUGGUGCCAUACAGCAUGCAAGGAGAACUGGUGGAGGCCUUCAAGAUCAACGAUAGGGAGCAGCGCUUCCAGACGAUGAAGGACAUUCUCCUCCGCUUUCCUCGGGAGAAUUAUGAGGUCUUCAAAUAUGUUACCAGCCACUUAAACAAGGUGAGUCAGAACAGCAAGCUGAACUUGAUGACUAGCGAGAACCUGUCCAUCUGCUUCUGGCCGACACUGAUGCGUCCCGACUUCACCACCAUGGACGCGCUGACGGCUACACGCACCUACCAGACAAUCAUCGAGAGCUUCAUCCAUCAAUGUGCGUACUUCUUCUACAAUCAACCUCUGGCCGACGGCCCUCCUGGCUCGCCCACCUCUACGCUCUCCUACGGCGGGGGCACCUCGGCGUACUCGUGCAUGGCCGCCGGUUACUCUUCCUCGCCGGCUCCGUCCCCUCCGACACCUUACGUCCUCCCCGCCACUCCUCCAGUUAUCCCUCACUACGGCCCACCCAUCCACCAUCACCACCACCACCACCACCAAUCCCCGCCCCGUUCCCCGCCACCCACCCCCCAGUUACCUCUCCCCGCCCUUCUGCCACCCUCCCUGCACCCUCACCACCCACCUACGGAACAACACACGCUGUGA